AUGGCUGUUUUUCGGGCUUCUCGCGGUCAAAACCGUCUCUGGGCGCUUCCAUUGCUUCUCUCGCUGCUCUCGCUGCGCUCGCUGCUCGCGGGUCCGACGUGGCUCAGCCUCAGCCAGCCUCCUCCUGCGCUCAGCAGGCGCGGCGUGUUGGCGCUCACCGUGGCAGCGACCGGCAGAGCCGCCCCGGCACGUGCCGCCGCGAGCGUGGACACGGCCCGCCAGCAGUUGCAGGAGGCGCAGAAGGCCUUGGACGACCUCCUGGCGGGCUACGAGUCGAUCAAGAAGAACAAGAGUGGCGAUAUCGUUCGGAACGGGCUCAAGGCCAGUACUUCCCCUGUGGCGCAGGUUCAGAAGACUUGCGAAGCAGUGGCCUCAUCAGCCAGCGAUCCCGGCAUUUUUCAGGAUGCUCUGGAAGAGUUCGUGGAGGCCGUGGACAACGCCGACGGCCUUGCAUAUUCAUCUGGAUAUGCGAAUUCUGGAAACUGGCAGGUGAACAAUCCCGCAAACUACCUCGAGCAGGCCAGGUCGCAGAUCAAGACUGCGGCAAAGGACAUCAAAACAAUGCUGGAGCUGCUUGCUUAA